CCGCUCUGCCUGCUGGCGCUGCGCCUCGACGCCCGGCUCGACGCGGUGCGACGCCUGCUCACCGACGCCCCCCUCGUCGACGGCCACAACGACCUGCCCUGGAACAUCCGCAAGUUCCUGAAGAACCAGCUGCGGGACUUCCCCUUCUCGGAGGACCUCCGCAACGUUUCGCCCUGGUCGCGCAGCUCCUGGUCCCACACCGACCUGCCGAGACUCAGGCAGGGCAUGGUGGCCGCCCAGUUCUGGUCGGCGUACGUGCCGUGCUCGGCGCAGCACCUAGACGCGGUGACGCUCGCGCUGGAACAGGUCGACGUCAUCCGCCGCCUCGUCGAGAGGUACCCCCGUGAGUUGGCGCUCGUCACUACCGCUCAAGGUAUCGAAGACGCGCACGCUGCCGGCGUGCUGGCGAGCCUCGUGGGCGUGGAGGGGGGCCACGCGCUGGGGGCGAGCCUGGGCGUGCUGCGGGCCCUCUACCUGCUCGGGGCGCGCUACCUCACGCUGACGCACGCCUGCAACACGCCUUGGGCAGACUGCUCCACAGUGGACGAGCCGGGAAGGAUACCAAUUCUAGGAGGACUCUCCAACUUUGGAAGGCUGGUGGUGCGGGAGAUGAACCGGCUGGGCAUGAUGGUGGAUCUGUCCCACGUGUCGGUGCCCACCAUGCUCGACGCCCUCAGGACGAGCCGGGCGCCAGUCAUCUUUUCACACUCCGCCGCGCAUGCGCUGUGCAACAGCUCCAGAAACGUGCCAGACCACGCGCUGCGACUGCUGAAAGCGAACGGUGGUAUCGUGAUGGUGGCCUUCUACCCUCACUUCGUGAGCUGCAGCGAGACGGCAUCGCUGCACGACGUAGCAGCUCACAUCGUGCAUAUACGAGAGGUAGCUGGAGUGGACCACGUCGGCCUCGGAGCUGGUUUUGACGGAAUUAACAUCACGCCACAGGGCCUGGAGGACGUUUCGCGGUACCCGCACCUGCUGGCGGAGCUGAUGGCGCGGGGCGGCUGGACAGAGGGCGACCUGCAGAAGCUGGCCGGCAGGAACCUCAUCAGGGUCUUCCGGGAGGUGGAGCGCGUGCGGGACGAGCUGGCAGCAGCGGGCGAGCAGCCAAUCGACGACCGGAUUCCUGAGGAGGACAUAGUGGGCCGGACCUACUGCCGCAUGCCGGCGACCUGACACAGCGGGUGCGAGGCCAAGGCGUCCGCCUACGUAACGGAGCCCGUCGUAUAGCGGAGCGGUGCUGCGCGGGACAGCAUGUCGCAGGGGCGCCACUGGACGUCAGUCAGACGUUGCGUGUGCAACUGAAACGUGUGAUCGAUCACAUUGUUGAACGGUUUCGUUGUUAUACGGAAUUGCAUACAAGUAAUCUUCGAAAGAGUUUGCGUCACUAAAGCGUUAUCAGCAGGCUCAUUCAGCCAUCACAACGAUAUACACGACGAAUCACCGAUAUGAACAAGUAGUUUUUCAUUUUGUCGUGAAUCGGUUAAAUUGAGCAACAGUCGCUACAAAACUGUAUCUCAACAUGAGCACUAUGCCAGUCGUGCAAAUGACGUUUCUUGUUUUUUUUAAAUAAAUGAUUGAAUCAUUCUAGGAGAUAUUCACAUCUAACAAAAUUCUGGUACGGUAUAAUCUGUUACAAAAGUAUAUAUCCGAAAAUUUUAAGAAAACGAAGAAAUUGAAGAUAACAUUUCCUGGAGAAGUUAAGGGCUGAUUGGCUAUGAGCUGUGGUCCUAACCUUUGACGAAAAAUGUGGGAAAAUUUUCAGAAAUUUCCUUUCUUUAGUUUUGUUUGUCGCUUCAACUUGAGAUAAAGCUAUUACGUAACAAAUAACGGCACUGUUCUAGUUCUUCAUUAAGAUUACAAGUUGAUUUGGCUACCUCAGAUUUUCAUAUUAAAAAAAAUCGUUCAGUACAUCUUUUUGUGAAUGGAUCGUCACUCUGCCGGCAUCAUAAAAAUAGAAACAAUUUGUUCUACGUAAAGUUUAGUAGCAGCGGCGAACUUCAUUGCGUCACAUAAUACGUGAACGUAACGAGACUUUUACAAAGAACAACAUUUUGUUCUAUGGGACCAUUUACUACAUCAGAGGGUGAAAUCUUAUAAUGACACUAGAGAUGCAGCAAACAAUGUUUUUCACAAUAUAAUGCGUUCUCGUUGUGCCAUUAUCAAACAUGGAGUGUUGUUUCAGCCAUAUCGCUGCCGCUGUCACGUCUCUGAUGUUUUAUAUUAUGUGGGUGACACUGGUUUCGAAGACAACAUGCAAGGAAAUCUGCUAGUGUUUCAUAGCAUACGUACAUUUGUCAGACUUAAUGUGCAGUUGUAAUUUGGGCUGUAAUUAUAGAAACUCAUAAGGGAUCAUUAAAGAGAUUGUUGACACUAGUUCCUUGUCUGCGUCGUCAAUGGUGUCCCAAAAAUAGCCCAACUUCUUAAUUUGCUUACAAAAACUUAUGUGGAAAUGAUUAUUUAGAUGUAUCUCAUUCUAAAGUAAAGCGUUUUCCACAACUUUCGAAGAUAAUUCAAGAUCCUGUUGUUUCUGAUUUUAAUCAUCCCAAGAUUUGCUAAAUUAUCCGUAAACAUUAAAAGAGGGUACACAAAUCUGUAUUCAUAUACUGCGAUGUUAUUUUGUAAACGUUGUUAGUUAGAUACUUUCAUUAUCUCUCAUUCCAAUCACACAAAUCGGGCGCAAUCAAAUUUGAGAGACACGUUAAGUUGAUUACAAUUUCAUAACUGCCAAUAAUGCUCUUUGUAAAAUAGUUUAAAAGUAACGUGUUUCGUCGCACACUUCUCAUUCUCUCUAUAUGUCCAGCAAACAAUUAAGAUAUUCUCGUCACUUUAAGUGUAUGAUAGGCUCUAGUAACUGAGUUACUUGUGUCUUAAACCGGAGCAGUUUCAGAUCCUCUUUCAGAAUAAGUUACCGUCGUCUUUUGGGGACGUUUGGUUGUGACAUGUUAUUUACUUAACUGCGCAGACAUAAACAGAAUUAUUUCAACGACAGUUAUACACUCAGUAAACCUAAGAGCAACGCGGAUGACCAUACGAUUCUGGGUUUCAGUUCGAAGCUGCAUUUUCAAAUGCAUUUAGUCAGGAUCAUUAAGUUGAACAGAAUUUACUCGUACCUUGCUUACUGUCUCCCAAUUUUUUUUUUUUUUAAUCUAAGGCAGCUCCAGUUCUCCGUACCAUCGUGUCCCCUAUCGUGAGGUUUUAAAGUCAGGCAGUAAGUGGAUAUCGUAAAAAGUUCAUCGAACCUAACCUAAAGGCGUUAAGCGAACGAAACUCAAAAGUUAUGUAGUUAUUGGAACACUCAUUUUAAAAUUGGUAACGUCAUUAUAAAUGUUCCUCGCUAAAUUUAAAUUAUCCUUCUUGUGCAAUAAUGAUGUAUGACCGCUGGCAUUCGAAAAUAAUGUGCUGUAUCUUCAUGGAAUUGAAGGUUACUAGCCGGUGUCAAAAGCGAGGAAGUGAAUAUAGACAUUUAUCGUUUUCAGUUAAAAAUAAAGACAGUUGAU